AGAACCAUGUAGACUCCGCUAAGCCAAACCCACUGUAAUAACUGCUUCUGGGACCCUAGAAUAAAUCCCGCUGCAACUCAAGAAGCAACUUUUGAGACUUACCUCUUCCUCUGAAUCAGGUCUAGAAAACAUGGAGGAGGAAGGGUGAGGAUGGGGAAGGCCAAGAGAUUCUUUGUUUUGGCUCUAUGUUCUCUGAAUUGUUUGGUGAAUUGGAGGAUAAGGUGGAUUCAUUACGUGGAUAUACAGUGUAUGGAUAUCCUUUUGAAAUCAUUCUUUAAAGAGACCAGUCGCAUUUUCGCAAACUGCUUGAAAUUCAAUGUAAAUUCAUUCAUUCUGCUGCUGGCUGAAGCUCACUUCCUCACCUUAGAAGGCACUAUCUAUCCUGAUCCAACUACUAGCCAAAGUGAAUCCCUUCUGCACAGGACCUGUACUUCCCUGCUCAGGCUGUGCAGAGCUCUAACACCAGUUAUCAGACUGAAGGCAAAACCAGUGAUGGAGGCAUGUCUUGAGGAAAACAAGAGUCAUCUUGCAAUGAAUGAAUCUAUUUCAGGCAAUCAGGUAUACCCAGUGAGCACCCACCUAGAAGAAUGCAGAGGAACACAGCAGAUGAAUACGAUCCCUACCACCGACCACCAGAAGCCAGCCAAUGGUACCCCAACAAGUGUGUUUUAUACAUUAAUCCUGAUGGGUCACUAACUCAGAAAUUCCCUAGGUCAAGGAUUUGUAUAUGACUUCAUUGCUUCUGUGAACAUUCCUAAGAUGUAUAUGGAUCAAGCAAAGCUCUUCAUUGCUGCAGGCAGGCACAGAUCCUUGGGUGUUCACUAGAUGAGAUCUGCAUUCUUAAGCCAGGACCAGAAUUAGAUGGACUGCUUUGAGCCAGAGGGAUAAGGAAGGCAACAUUCACCUAAACCUCAGCCACAUGAUGCAUUUCCCACUACUGGAUGGCAGUUGCAGUCAGACAGUAACCAGGCAUCAGGAUUAGAAUACAGCCAGUUGUUUAAGAGAAAGGAAAAGAUAAACUGAAAUGAAAUUGUUUCACUUUUAAGUUGUUCAAUCAGCUACCAAAUAAAUCAAUGUAAUGGUCCUAUUCCAGAAUAUGAGUGCCAUAAAAAAUGGA